CCAAUCCUCAUCAACCCAAUUCUCCUCAUCAUCAACAGCACAAUGGGACGCGGUGGCGGUACUUCUUCGCGCGGACGUGGAAAGUUCAAGGUGACACGCGGCGGCGGCCGACACUUCUCUCGUGAUCUCGACGACCGCAUGCGCCCCGACACGGUGCAGCAGGAGGAGAGCAGCGAGGAGGAGACCUCGGAAGAGGAAGACGACGAGGUCGAGCACAAGCUCGCGCCCGAGAUGGCCGCGCUCAACCUCAAACUCGGCAACACUGUAGCCAUCGAGGAAGACGAGGACGAGGGCCUGAGCCGCGCGGAGCGCAAGGCGCGCAAGAAGGCGGCGGCCAAGGUCGAGGAGAGCGAGGAGGAGGAGAAGGGCGGUGAGGACCUGCUCAACCCUUGGCCGGCGAAGAAGGCGGAGCCGAGCCGUCGCGAGCGCGAGGCCGCCGAGAAGAAGAAGUUCCAGCAGCGCCAGGCUGCCGGCAAGACGCAGCAGGCCAAGUCGGACCUUGCGCGUCUCCAGGAGAUCCGCAAGAAGCGCGAGGCUGCCGCUGCCCAGCGUGCCGCGGAGCAGGAGGAGGCUGCGCGCGAGGCUGCCGAGAAGUCGGCGCGUCUGGUCGCCAAAAAGUAGGCGGUGGAAGUGCGCAACGCGGACCCCCUAGCCAGCCCACGCAGACUGUGACAAGCCUCGACACAUACCUACAUACACAUCGUCUCUCGUCUUUCUCACAUCCCGUAGAGCGUAGAGCUCCUGUAGCUAUGCAGUGCAUGCGACUAUAUACUGGCG